AUAUAAAAUCCUUGAAGCAAUCAUUACUUGUAGACUUUGUAUAAUAUUUGCAACUUUCUCCGUUUUUUUUUAUCCCCUGUUUUGCUCUGCUUCUCCCCUGCCGUAAACCCUCCAAUUCCAAUUCCACCUUCACCUUCCUUUGAUCAAACCUAUUUAAGAUGCAUAUUUUACAUCAGAGACAAUUGAAGGAGGAAAACAAAAGAUGUGUAGAUUGUAAAACCACUAAAACCCCACUUUGGAGAGGUGGUCCUGCUGGUCCUAAGUCUCUUUGCAAUGCAUGUGGGAUUAGGCUCAGAAAGAAAAAGAGGGCAGCAGUUCUUGGGUUGAACAGUGAUAGUAGGAACAUAACAGAAAAAUAUAAAACUAAAACUGGAAUUGAUAAUGUUGGUCCAAGUGGGAUCAAAAUACAGGGAAGAGAUAUGAAGGUGCAUCAAAUAGUGGAAGACCAGAAAUGGAAGAUGAAGCUCAGAGAGGAAGAACAAGCAGCUUUUCUUUUAAUGGCUUUAUCUACUGGCUAUUAACUGUGCUUAGUACCUGUUUAAGGCUUAGGAGAAUAUUUAAAAAAACCCAAAACCCCGAUUGUUAUUGCAUCUGAUGUAAUCCAUAAUAUGUUAAUUUAAGGUAUAUAUAUUUGCUUAUUGCUUCGUCUUUUGCCUUCUUUUCUAAAACUUGCUGGUUGUACUAGUGCCUACAAUAUAGAUAUAAAUUUCUAAA